AUUAUCUUAGACGUUUUAAGUAGCCUACUUCUGUUUUAUUGAAGCAUGCAAUACAGAACUUAAGUAAAAUAAAAAAAAUUUGAAAACGCUUUUUCGUAAACGUAAACACUCAAAAUCGGGUUCAGCUUGUUACGAAAGUAAGCAGCCGGAAGUAUUAUUUCGCUGUAGCGUAUCAAAACAAAAUAAGAUUAGUAAUAAAUUCAAAUUAGUAAAUUAUUAAUUUUUACUAUUCUUUUCAAGCUCGCACUUAUUGUGUAAAGCUAAGAUGUUGUUAUUUUCAACUAUGACAUUGAAUCUAUAGUUUGCUUAAGAUAUAUGGUACACCGGAAAUAUGAAUGAGUUAACAGACAGUUAUGAACGAUUUUGGAACGUUGAAAAAAUCUUAAAAGAUGUUGUAUGCUUAUUUAUUAUUCGGAAAUUGGAUAAAAAGAUUGGAUUAAGAAACGUUGAAGGAUGUGGCUGGUGGUUUCCUUAUCUUGAAAUGAAGGCAGACAAAACUUGGAGAAUGAUUGCUGAAGAAAUAAUGAAAAAUAUUGGCGCUUCCAAUAAAUUAUCUGGAAUCCUUCAACUUUGUCAUGUACAGUAUCAUCAAAAUAUUUCACCUGUUAAUAGAGUUAUCUUUCUAGUUGAAGUUGAUCAAUUUGUUGAGAAUGUGAGUGACAUUUCUUGGUUUUCUGUUUCUGACAUUGAGAAAAUGAAUAAAAGGGAUUUAAGAAGCUGCGAGCCUUCGGAAAUUUGCAAGCAUUUGAAACAAGCAUCCCCGUACCUUACUGAGUAUUCUGAGCAUUCUAUUAAUUUGUCUGUUAUCACUUGUUUUAAGGAAAUUGAAAAUGUUUCUAAAUCUCCUCAGGAAUGUCUGGUAGAGUCUGCUGGUUUUUCCCUUGAAGCUCAAAAGUUGAUAUACUAUGACUUCAUGUGCCAUGUGUAUCCUUGUGAAACAAUGAACUUCCAUCUUUUUGUUAAGUAUUUGGAAUCUUUCUGUUGGUUUGAAGAAGAGUGGAUAUUCAAAAAUGCUGCCUCAUUAUUUCGAUCUUUUGACGUAAAUUGCUCUGGUCACUUGACGUUUAGGGAAGUUUUAUUGGGAUUGGCUGUAAUUAACCCAGUUACUCCACAUGGUGGCUCCCCAGCAGAAAUGAGAUGUCGCUACAUAUUCCGAUUUUAUGACGGUAACAAUGAUGGAAUUUUAGAACUUGACGAAUUUAGGUCUAUGGUAUCAGACAUUAAUUCACUGAAGCAAGUUGCAAUGGAUGAAGCUGCAUUGAAUGAUGCUGUUGAUAUGCAUUUAAAGACCUUCCAUGUACAAAGUGAUAGGAGGCUCCCCCUUGCAAGUUUCCUACAAGUUGUUGGUCAGUUAAAGUUUAGAGGAACUUCAAGUUUAAUGAGAGCUCUGGAACCAGUUCUGAAUUCCAUAUUUCAAAAACGAGGCUUGAUGGCAUCUUCUUAUACUCUGUCACCAGGCAACAAAAGAAGACGUGAAUCAUCACCAGAUCAUCCAGUGGAAAAAGUGAAUGGAAAUACCAUAGUAGGAAAGAAAUAUGAUUUAGCCACACAUUCAGUUAAGGUGCGUCGUUCAGGUACUCUGAUCGAUGUAAAUUCAUUAUGGGAUAUGGAAGGAACAUCAGCUUUCAGUAAUACAGUGAAGAUCUCUUCAAAAUUAAGACUUGAAAGAGUAUCAUCUGUUGAUUCAUUCAAUCUUGUAAGUUUUUUUUUUAUUUGGGUUUNUUUGAACAUCUGUCGGACUGUUUACGACUUGUUUUGCAAAGAAGAUCGUUUGCUUCACGUCAGCUCACCUGUUUAUGUUCUUGGUGACAUUCAUGGUAAUUUUUCUGAUCUUAUUUGUUUUGAAAAGACGUUAUGGCGUAUGGGACCCAUACUCACUCCUGCAAGUUUUUUAUUCCUCGGUGACUAUGUGGAUAGAGGUCAGCACGGAGUAGAGGUUGUGGCAUAUCUGUUUUCACAAAAAAUUUUGGCCCCUGAAAAAUUUUUACUGUUGAGAGGUAACCAUGAGGUACGAUCUGUGCAGCAAAUGUUCUCAUUUCAUGGUGAAUGUUUGUCCAAAUUUGGUGAAAAAUGUGGCACCGAAAUAUGGAAUGCAAUUAACGAAUGCUUUGAUGUCAUGCCUUUAACUGCUGUUAUAGAUCAAAAGGUAUUUUGUGUCCAUGGUGGUAUUCCACCCCCUUGGUUAGGUUCUGGUUCAUUGAGCAGCAUAAACGAGAUACCUAAACCACUACCUGACCCUGAAAAAAGUAGUUCAUUGGCGUGGGAGUUGAUGUGGAAUGACCCCAUCAGUUCUGAGGGCAUGAAUUGUAAUCUUGAGGGAGCAUUAAGAGAAAAUAAUGGUUUUUUGGCAAACUCUAAAAGAGGGACUGCCCAUGUUUUUUCAAGUCAAGCAUUAGAAAAUUUCCUAGCCUCAAAUGGCCUAUCACAUGUAAUUCGUGCCCAUGAAGUUCAACAAGCUGGAUUCAAGGUCCAGUUGAAUGGAAAGUUGUUGACUGUUUUCUCUUCAUCUAAGUACUGUGGCGGCUCCAAUGAAGCUGCAUGCGUGCUGGCCGAUCGUCUGAAGCUUCGAACCAUACGCCUGGACACUUCGUGAAACUUCUUAUCCUCCGUCUUUCAUUGUGAACUGUUCCUUCAGCUUUCUUUAUAAUACUUUCACCCAGGAAAAAAAUAUACUUAUUUCAUCCAACUCGAGAGAGCUUAUUUUCACCCUUAUUAUCCAUUUUUAAAAAUUUUUAUUGUUGUUCAGAUUUUAAAAAUGAAUUUGAAAUAUUGUCUGUUGUGAAUUUCUUAUAU